CGUUUAUUCUAUGGCGAACGCGCUCGGCAAAGUGCGGCAAAAUUUCAACUCCAUAUGGUCAUAACGUGAUAGCGAGUGCAUGCAAGUGCAUGGUGCAAGUCCCACAAAAAAUGUGCUGUACUGGCGUGCACAAACACCAGGCAGCCGAUGUUCAGCUUCCCCUGUCUUCCGAAAGACAGCGAUAGAUGUUUAAAAUGGCUUGAAGCUUGUGGAACGGAAGAUCUAUUCCAACUCCCUCCCAGCCAGUUGAGAAGUCGAGUGGUUUGUGGGGACCACUUCGAAAUUCAUUACCGCGUUGGAUCAAAGCUUACAAGUCAUGCAGUACCAAGCUGCAACUUACCAGAAGAAGAAGAAGAACAUCAACCUGUGCUCACCGUUGGAUACCAGGACAACGUGGGACCUAAGGACAACAUGGGACCCAAGGACAACGUGGGACCAAUGGACAACGUGGGACCCAAGGACAACGUGGGACCCAAGGACAAUGUGGGACCCAAGGACAACGUGGGACCUGGAACCAGCAGAGACUCCGACGCACUUGCCUAUAAUGUGCUUCCUGGAUCAUCCAGAGGUUGCACUGUCAAAAGGAAUCAAGUUCAACCAGCUAUCAGGAAAGGCCUUAAAGGUGACAUCCUGAAAAUGAUUAGGUCGAGCAACUUGACCAAACCCAAGAAGUUCAAGAUCUACAAGGCUAUGGCUAGGAUUUUGAAAUCUGCGAGGCAAUUGAGGCGUCGGAGAUCUUCGGUAAGACAACGCAUCGGGAAGAUUGAGCAUCUCGUGCAGACCGGUGUUAGCUAUUAGCUUUAUCUAUUUAUAAGCAAAGUUCCAAAGCGUAUCGAUAUUUGGCAAAAUUAUUUCUUUUGCCAAGCAUCGAAACUCUUCGGAAACUAAUAUCGCAAAUUCCAUUAAAAGCUGGAAUUUGCGAUAAUGUUUUUGAGGAACUCAAACAGCAGUGCGAGUUAUUUACUGACCCAAAAAGCAGAUACGCAUGUCUGCUUUUUGAUGAAAUUAGUUUAGCACCGUCGUUGCAGUAUAAUCCUACAAUAGAUGUUAUUGAUGGAUUAGUAAAUUCCGGGUUUUCGCGUAACUUAGAUAUCGCGGAUCAUGCCACAGUGUGGAUGCUGAAAGGCAUACAUGGUGUGCGACCUUGUAAACAACCUGUUGCGUAUUCAUUUUGUAAAGGUUCCAGCUCAGCUGAGAACCUUGUUCGUAUGUUAAAAAAAAUAGUUCGGCGUGCAAGUCAGGCCGGUAUAGUAGUUGUAGCAACAGUUUGUGACCGAGGAAGCACAAAUUGCAAAGCUAUCCAAAGCUUAUUAGAUUCAUCGCGAAGAAAUGCCUUUCAGAGAUCAAAUACACUGCGGCAUGAUGUUAUUGAAAUCGACAGUAACAUAAUCGUACCGCUGUUUGAUCCACCCCACUUAUUAAAAUGUGUCCGGAACAAUUUAUUGACGAAAAACUUGAGCUUUAAUUUACAUGAUAUUUCACGGGUGGCUAAAUGGUCACACGUGGAAGAUUUAUAUUUUAUUGAUAGCAGUAAUGUUUCUUCGGAGAACCAACUCCUGGAGAAACUUACUGCAAAACAUGUUAUUUCUUCAAAAAUUCCGAAAAUGAAUGUUACAUCCGGCACUGCCGGUGUCCCUUUUCAUCGACCUUGUAUUGCGAAUAGUUAAGAUCAAUAGACUUUAAGGAAUGCGCUCGGUAAACGAUGCGGAAAUCGUUCCUCGGGAACGAAAUAAUGCAAACCGCGAGUCAGCAAACGGGCGUCAGCGAUGUUAGGCCGUUGCAUACGAAUCGGCCAUCGAACUUGCGACAUGUCCAAGAUUCGGAAAUGUAGAAAUUAAGAUUUCGAAAUUACGAUCGCGCCUUGCGAGGAUCUGGGGGUAUAUAAACCCGUGGUCACGACCACGGACGGCUUCUUUGUGUAUUAUUAUUUUGGCAGUCAAUACUCUGUAGUCGCGGACGGGUUAAUCUCUCGCGUUAGUCUCAUUUAGGUAUCGUGUAUCGUAUCUCCAGCUGAGUAAAGAGUUCGCGUAAGUGAGAACAUACGCACUAAAGAUAGAGUCAUCGCGGAGUUACCUACGAAAGUCCGACGUUUAUUAUUCGCCAAUUAUUAGAGUCCCGUGUCGCGAGUGUACAACCAGACCAGAUCCUCGCCACAGCCGAGCCCGGGACAAUCUGACAACGCCGCCGAUAGCAUAAGAUCAACGAUUGGUAUUGUUAAACCAUUUUCAAUUGUAUAGUUUUUAUUCUUGUUUGUAAGUAAUCUCAAACUCAGUUUUGUUUCAUAAUUAUAUUUGUUAAUACUCAAACUUAGUGACAAUUAUUAUAGAAUCCCAAAAUUCCUUCUUUUCCAAUUAAAUACAGAUAAGGUGAGCUUUAGCUCUUUAAUUGAAGACAAAGAUCCCAAGAAAGAGUCUCAGAUAAGCUGGGACGUAACAAAAGUUAAAUAUUGCGCCCAAGUUUUU